AUGUCCGCAGAUACGCCACGCAUCGUCCCUCUGACUUGCCAUGGUCACUCCCGGCCGAUCACACAUUUGAGCUUUUCCUCCAUCGUGGAUGAUGAUCAAUACUACUUGAUAUCGGCUUGUAAAGACAACAACCCCAUGCUGAGAGAUGGCAUGACAGGAGAUUGGAUUGGAACAUUCAUUGGACAUAAAGGCGCGGUAUGGUCGUCAAGGCUGUCUUCCGAUGCCAGGAUCGCCGCCACUGGAUCCGCAGACUUCAGCGCGAGAAUCUGGGAUCCCCAGACCGGAGAGUGCCUGUACAUCUUAACUCACAACCACAUAGUUCGGGCCGUCGCAUUUCCAAUUCAGACUAACCCGCAGUGUGUGGCGACCGGUGCGCAAGACAAGACACUCAAGAUAUUCGACCUUAGUCGAGGUGGCAGUGCUGCUUCACCCGAUCAGGUCAACGGCGUCUCCCCGAUCACCCCAACCACCACUUCCGAAGGACAUGAGAUUGGAGCAGGCCAACACGGGGGCAGCAUCAAAUCGAUUGUGUGGAACGUUGACUACAAUAUUCUCACUACUGCUUGCGAAGACAAGACUCUGCGAUGGUGGGACUUGAGGGUCCAACGCAUGAUCGCCAGUGUCAAGACAGAGCAGGACAUCAUGUCGUGCGAGCUUUCGACCAACAAAGCGGAAGACAGUAACCCAGGAAUUCUCAGUGUGGCGGCUGGACGGUCCUGUCUCUUUUUUGACGCCGGCAGACCUGGAGAGCUGAUCAAACAAGUUAAUUUCGACCACGAAGUUGCCAGUGUGGCCAUCAACCCUACAACGGGACGCUUUGUGACCGGUGGCGGGGUUGACACAUGGGUCCGCGUAUGGGAUUUCGCGCAGGAAAAGGAACUAGAAGUUCUCAAAGGCCAUCAUGGCCCCAUCUGGUCGACUGCAUUCUCUCCUGAUGGUAAGAUCUAUGCGACCGGAAGCGAAGACGGGACAAUAAAGUUGUGGAAGGCUUGCAAGGAGCCAUACGGUCUCUGGCGCUGA